AUGUACACAGAUUACACGAAACCGUUGAUGCUACAAGGACAUCAGCGUGCAAUCACGCAGAUCAAAUACAACCGUGAAGGUGACUUGAUAUUCUCUUCAGCGAAGGAUAGCAAACCGUGCGUAUGGUACUCACUGAACGGCGAACGUCUCGGUACGUUCAAUGGACACAUCGGAGCCGUCUGGUGUGUCGACGUGGAUUGGACGACGACCCGGUUGAUUACCGGCGCUGGUGACAUGAACACAUUCUUGUGGGACGUCGAAACCGGCACAGCCCUUGGCAAGAUUCCGUGCAAUUCGUCCGUACGUACGUGUAACUUUAGCUUCUCGGGCAAUCAGGCGUCUUACUCGACGGAUCGUGCGAUGAACCAUCCGUGCGAGCUAUUCGUGAUUGACGUGCGAAACAUCGACGCAAGCAUCAGCAGUGCCGACCCAGUAUUGAAGCUGACGAUGAACGAACAGCAAAGCAAGAUCACCUCCAUGCUGUGGGGCGCACUGGACGAAACGGUGAUCACGGGGCACGAGAAUGGCUCGCUACGCAUCUGGGAUUUGCGCGCGGUGAAGGAACUGAACUCGGUAAACGAUCACACCGCCAGCAUCACGGAUAUGCAGAUGUGUAGCGAUGGUACCAUGUUCGUGUCAUCGUCGAAGGAUUGUUCGGCGAAGCUGUUCGAUUCGGAUUCGCUGAUGUGCUUGAAAACGUUCAAAACUGAGCGACCGGUUAAUUCGGCCUGCAUUAGCCCGCUGUUCGAACAUGUAGCUUUGGGCGGUGGACAGGAUGCGAUGGAAGUAACCACGACAUCAACGCAGGCAGGCAAGUUCGACUCCCGGUUCUUCCAUCUCGUGUACGAGGAGGAGUUUGCACGCGUCAAGGGCCACUUCGGUCCAAUCAACAGCAUGGCAUUCCAUCCGGAUGGCAAAAGUUUCGCGACAGGCGGUGAGGACGGUUUUGUGCGUCUACAAGUGUUUGAUUCUUCAUACUACGAGCAUACGUUUGAGUAG